AUGAACCCCGGAGCCGCGCCCGGGAGAGCCGCGCACGGAGAGGCGGAGCGGGAGGCCGGGCGCCGCGGGAAGCGGGAGCGGCCGAGGGGGAAGGAGAAGGAGCGAGCGCCGAGCGAGGGCGGGAGGCCCCGGGGGGGGGAGGGUGCGCGGGGAGACGGAGGGGCGAGCGGGGCCGCGAGGAGCGCGCGUGCGGGGGCGCGGGGGAGGCUCGGGCGGACGAGCGGGGCGCAGGAGGCCGGGAGGGCUCGGGCCGCGGAUGCCGGGGGCGCGGGCGGGGGCGGGGCGGGGCAGAGGCGGGGGGCGGAGUCUGGCGGGCGCGGGGCCGAGCGGGGCCGAGCGGGGGCCCGCGGGCGUGCAGGCGGGGUUCGGAGGCCCGAGGAGGGUCGCUCGGCCGCGGGGGUGGGCUUGGGCGCCGAGACAGGAGGUGGCCCCGCGAGGGGGCCUGGGGGGGAUGCCGGGACCGAGCAGCCGCGGACGGAGGCGGUCGGGCGGAGCGGGCCUCGGGCACCCGUGCGGGGCGGCGGGCGGCCGGAGGGGGCGGCGCGGUCGGGGCUGGGGCUUCGCGUCCGCCGUGGGCCCGAGAGCCUGCGAGCCGGGCGGCGGGGCCUCGAGGACCACCCUGCUGGCACGUGGGGUGUCGGCGUCCAGGGGGCCUGA